AUGUCUGACAAGCCUAUUGAACUCCAAAUCCUCGAGCAAUUGGAUUCCAUUUACUCCAAGGAGAAUCUCGCCAAGAAUGCCUUCUUCAAGGAAAUGACCGAGCAAGAUCCUGAGCAUUGGGUCAGCCUGAAAAGGUUUAGCGUUAUCAAGCAAUUCAAAGGCCUUGUCCAAGGCAAUAUCGACUUGUUGAUCCAAGCUGCUGAACAAUCCAAUGGUCGUUUUGAAGUCAACGAGGACAAGACCAAGCUUCGUAAAGUGCCCGGUGCUCAAGAUGAAGUGGCCGAGACCGACAAAGAGAAUGAAGGGGCUUCCAAGCCCGAUGAAAAGGUGUUGGACUAUUGGCGUCAACAGAAUUUACGUUCCAUUUAUGCUAAAGGAUUUCCUGAAUCGCUCGAUGAAUCCGGUUAUACUGCAUUGUCCAACUUUUUCAAGGAACAAGGUCGUGUAUUGACACUCAAGAUGCGAAAGGAUGACGAUAAAAAGUUCAAGGGCAGCGUCUUUGUGGAAUUCGAUAGCCCUGAUACCGUCAAGGAAGUUCUCGAAAAGAAAUUAGAAUACGAGGGCCAACCAUUGACCAUGAUGUUAAAGCAAGACUACAUUGAUAUGAAGGCCAAGGAAAAGUUCCAAGGCGUCGAUUUCCAACAUUCAAAUGAUAAGAAGAGGAGAAACAACUUUAUGAUCCAAUAUGAAGGAGCGGGUGAUAUGGGCUUUAGAGACAUUAGGGAAUUGAUCUCGAAAAAGACACCUGUUGGCACUGUUGAAAAGCUCUCUGAACCAGGCACGGGUGUACUUGAGUUGAAGGAAAUGACCCCAGAUGCAUUCCUUGAGUUGCUUGGACCCGAGCGCAAGUUAGAGGGCUUAACGUUCAAGUUGGCUGAUAUGGAAGCUCGUGAAGUCAUGAAGAAAUCCUUCCAGCAAAAGCGUGAGCGUGGAUUCAAGGGUGGCCGCGGUGGUGGCCGUGGCCGUGGUGGUCGUGGUGGUGGUCGUGGUGGCGGACAUGGUCGUCCUCAAAAGAAGCAACGUACAGAUUAG